AUGUCAAAUUUAGCUAGUAGUGGUGGUUCCACAGAUGGCAUUGAAAAUGCAAAUCACUACCAAUACCAUAGUAAUAUUGAACCUAUUAAUUUUUUAGAUGAUGAAUCAAUCAAUGACUACUUAUACUUGGAAAAAUCCUUUUUUAGGUAUCGGUUUUUAAAUAUAUUACACUGGUAUAUCUUCUUGAGUACACUCAGCUCUACUAGUUCAGGUUAUGAUGGAAGUAUGUUGAAUGGGUUGCAAAUUAUUGGUAAUUGGAAAGAUGACAUGUCACAUCCUACUGGCGCAAUUUUGGGAGCAUUAUCUAAUGGAGUUGUUUUUGGUGGGUUUAUUUCAACGAUUUUUGCCUCAGGAUGUUGCGAUCACUUUGGAAGAAAACCAACUGUGGUCGUGGGGCUGAUAGUCGCCAUUAUUGGAUCAGUUUUACAAGGGGCAUCCACAAGCUAUGCAUCCUUCCUUGUUUCACGAAUUGUGAUUGGGGUUGGGACCGGUUUAACCAGUGUUGCUUCGCCUUGUUUAAUUUCAGAACUAUCAUUUCCAAAAUACAGAGAGACUUGUACAUCUUUUUAUAAUACUUUUUGGUAUCUCGGAGCUGCAAUUGCGGCAUGGGUAAUCUAUUUUAUACAUGGACUUGAUAAUAGUUACUCAUGGAGAGUUCCUUCGUAUUUGCAAGGAUUGUUGCCAUUGAUCCAAACCAUAGGCUUUUAUUGGGUUCCCGAGUCUCCUAGAUACUUGAUCUCUAAAGGGGAGAUUGAAAAGGCAUCUAGAAUUUUGAGAAAGUAUCAUACAGGUAAUGACUAUUCAGAACGAGCAACUAAAUUAGUUGAGUUUGAGGUCCAAGAGAUUUCAACUGCAUUAGAGUUAGAGAAAAUAAGCUCCACUUCAAAUUAUUUGGACUUUUUAACAUUUCCAAGUUAUAGAAGAAGAUUGUUCUUGGUUUUCUUUACCGCCUUUUUUAUGCAAUUAUCGGGAAACGGGUUAGUGUCUUAUUACUUGAAUAAAGUGUUGAACACCAUUGGCAUCACUGAAGCAUCCAAACAAUUGAAAAUUAAUGGAGGGUUGAUGAUUUACAAUUUGGGAAUAUCAUGGAUCCUUACGUUGAUGGUACGUUACUUCAAAAGAAGGACAUUGUUCUUGGCUUCUUCUAUGGGAAUGAUGAUCUGCUACGUGGUAUGCACAAUCCUUUCAGCGAGAUUUGCUUACACGAAUUUCACCGACACUCAAUUGGCAAAUGCUGUACUAGUUUUUAUCUUCUUAUUCUACUUUGCCUAUAAUGCUGGUGCUAAUAUUUUGCCAUUCCUUUAUCUUUCUGAGGUGUUGCCAUAUUCUCAUAGAGCCAAGGGCUUCAACAUUUUCCAAGCAUUCAAUAACAUAUUCCUUAUUUACAAUGGAUUUGUUAACCCAGUGGCCAUGGAUGCCAUUCAAUGGAAAUAUUACAUUGUCUAUUGCUGCAUUCUUGUAAUUGAAGUGGUCAUAAUUUACUUUUUCUAUGUUGAAACUUUUGGGUAUACAUUGGAAGAGGUUGCUGUCGUGUUUGGUGAUCCUUCCAACAUAGAGGGUCCAUCGUCUGAUCCUAGUGAACAAUCAUCAAUUACACAAAAAGAUACUGUUUAA